GACAUCACGAUGACUGAUCUGAUUGCAUGCUGAGUUUAGGUUAGAAGUUGAUCUGUACUCCGUACUCUGUACUACUUAGUAAACUUCCAACAGCACCAUGGAAUCCAAACGCUGGGCAUAUCAGACCGCUCUCUCUCAGUCUAUACUGGCUGACGAAGGGAGAAGUGACCCUCUACAAUAACAAACCACCGCGAGAUGCAUAGUGUAUUGAGUAUACAGUUACCUGUUAAUAAUUGGCUGUAGGACUUCUGCAGUGAAGCCCUAUGGAUUAUUGCCAACGCAUGAAGCGUUCGCAGGAAUUGAGUUCCGUCAAGUUACCCAGCACCAGGGUGCUCUCGAUCUAAGCAGAGUGAGCUUAUUUUGAUCCCAGCAGUUCGUCAAUGCCAGAUUCCUUGGAAGAAGCCCAGGAUGACCGUCACAUAUGACGGCAAGGAAGCAGUUCCGAACACGGAUGCCUAGGUUCUCCAGAGCGAUUGCCGGUUGAGACAGAAACGGGUUGACCACCGUUUGGAAAAUGGAGCAGGUGGGGGAAUUCAUAAAGAGAGAGAGCGAGUGUUUCUGGAGAUCCGCUCUCAAGGUGGGGUUUCGUGUCUUGUUUUUGCAGAAGAGUUCGACACGGUUGACACGGCAACGCAGGUUGACGGCGGUCUCAGAUGGCGAGAGCAAUGUCAAAGGCUCUUUCUUUCCCGAGGUUAUUAAUUGACAAGGAAUCUGACUUUGAGACAUGGGGAAACACGCUGGCUGGCUGAGGUUCCAUGGUGCUUGCUCGUGUUUCCGCCGCGCACCCCCCCUCGCCACAGUACUAUGAAUGGACGUCCAUAUGUGAAGUCACUCACGACUCCGAGCUUCGUACGGACAAAAUAGCCAGAAAUAGAGGAGCCUGGCCUCCUGUGAUGCUCACCUCUCAGAGAUUCCCAACAAAGUGAUUGGGAAUGGCUUGCGUGCUCGGAUCGCCUGUGGUGGGAGAAAUCGCCUGGGUUGCGACGAAGCCAGCCCAAUUAGCGGAGUCCACGGAGGCUACUCAGGGCCCCACCAGGCACCAAACUUGAUUUCUGGCAAAUAUCAGCGGUUGAACGGCGACACAGCACGGCGGGAGGAGAAGACGGGGAAUUGAGAGGCCAGAACGACAUGCGCAGGAAGAAGCAGCCAGCACGAGGGAAAUUGACAGGUGGACUGCGGGUGUCAUUUCACCACGGGAAGAGAGAAAUUCCAGCGAGAAACUCUCCAGCUGAACGGCGGCUGCAGCGAGGAUCAUGUGAAAAACGGCGCUAGGAGGCGAUUGGCCGGCUGCAUGGGGCUGGAAUCCGUAGGGCUUAGCCUGAAGCGGUCUAGCGUUGUUUACCGAGCUGUCGCAAAAGGGAAAAGCAUCAACAAAGCGGCUGUUGACAGACCGGGGGGGUUCAGCGGUGGCAGGCAUUCGAGAAAGGACGCCCAAAGGACAGUCAAUCUGGACUUUGACGCCCGCGUCCCCAUCCCCUUCAGUGUCUUCCCGUCCUCGUACCGGAGUGACGCUGUCUCUGAGACUACUCACACGAGAGUAGAGGGAGAGGUCAAGUUAGCAGGCACCGCUUCGCACGUCGGACGGGAAGAUACUCGAUACGAAGGCCCGCUCCGUGACCCCCGAGCUUACGCCAGAGAAGAGGUCGACACCCGCCACGUCGAGUCGUCCGAGUAUCGUCCUGUUCGCACCCACACCCGUGACGACUUUCAAGUCUACGAGGAGAGACCUGCCCCCCCGGAUAGAUAUCCUGAAGUAGAACUUGCUCGUGAAAGAUACUACGGCACCAGCAGUAGCAGCAACACCCACGAGAGAAAAGGCUUUCAAGCUCAACUCGACGUAACUGAACAAGAAUAUCGUCGACGCACCGACCCAAACUACGCUGUCCAGUACGAAACUGUCCGCCCAUACUCGAACCAGACUCGUGAUAUUGACGUGUCUUACGACCGCGUGAACGAAUCAGUCGAGACAUACAAGCCUCGCACUCAGGUUCGUGAAAUCGAAUACGACACCAGCUCCAGCCGGUACGACACACACAUCGAAGUAAACACCGACCGCCGCCCCGUUUACGACGCACCAAAGCCAAAGAUGGGUUACUACGACGACGACGGCCAAUACCACUCUUUCCGUCGCGGUGUUGAGCGCGCUGCCGACCGCAUCCUCCAUCCCUUCCAUCACAAGGAUGAAGUUGCUGAUGAGCGUGGUCCAUCCCGGGUCCGUGAAGGCGUUCGUGAGUCUGUCAGAGUUGUCCAGCCCCGUGGCGGCCGCCCAUCAGACACGAUCACUAUUCCCUGCCACUUCAUCCGCAUCGGCGACCUCUUGAUCCUUCAGGGCCGCCCAUGCCAGGUGAUCCGCGUCUCUGUCUCCUCCCAGACCGGUCAGCAUCGUUAUCUCGGUGUCGAUCUGUUCACCGGCCAGCUCCACGAGGAGUCGAGCUUCAUUUCCAACCCAUCUCCAUCUGUCGUUGUCCAGAGCAUGCUCGGCCCCGUCUACAAGACCUACCGCAUCCUUGAUCUCCGUGAUGACGGCCGCAUCACCGCAAUGACGGAGACUGGCGACAUCAAGCAGGGCAUCCGCGUCAUUGACCAGGGUGGCCUCUGGAACCGCAUCAGCGACGCCUUCUCUGAUGGCAGAGGUAGCGUUCGUGCUCUCGUCAUCAAUGAUGGUGGUCGUGAGCUUGUCGUUGACUACAAGGUUAUCCAUGGAUCCCGCCUUUAAACCAGCUGUACAAUGGUAAGGUUAUCCCCACAUCUCAACCAUGGAUUUCACUUUACUAAUCUCGAUCACCAGUUACGAUUUUUGCGAAUUUUCUUUUGAUGACAGGAUAAAAAAUGGCCGCUAUUUUCUGGUGCAGAGGGGCUUAAUGGGUCAAUAAUGGAGAAUUUGCCUUUUCCUUUGGAGGACGACGUUUUGUAAUUUCCUCUUCUCCUUAUGUUGCCUUUGCCGCCGGUGAAAUGCAAGGAUAUGAGUGACGGAUCAAAUUGGUAGCUUUUUGGUUUUAAUUAUGUACUCUCAAGAUGACUGAUGGAAUCAAAUGACGUUGACUUGUA